UACAGCGACCACAAAGAAAGAGACAGAAAAAGAACACGAGAAUAACUUGACGUCACCCGCAGCAACAGCACGUGGUUGAUUGCGUCAGUGCGAACAGGAAAAGAACAAAAUGGAGGAGUACGCGAGGGAGCCAUGCCCCUGGAGGAUAGUGGACGACUGUGGGGGUGCCUUCACCAUGGGAGCCAUAGGUGGUGGGAUCUUUCAGGCCGUCAAAGGCUUUAGAAACUCUCCUUCUGGAAUGAAUCACAGAAUGAAGGGUAGCUUGACAGCCAUAAGAACCAGAGCUCCACAACUAGGAGGAAGUUUUGCUGUAUGGGGUGGCCUCUUCUCCAUGAUUGAUUGUGGGCUGGUCAAGAUGAGGGGCAAAGAAGACCCCUGGAACUCAAUCACAAGUGGAGCCAUGACAGGAGCCAUUUUAGCAGCCAGAAAUGGGCCAUUGGCCAUGGUUGGCUCUGCUGCAAUGGGAGGUGUACUGCUUGCAUUAAUAGAAGGUGCAGGAAUUCUGCUCACAAGGUUCGCCUCGGCACAGUUUCCAACUGGCCCACAGUUUGCAGAAGAACCCGCUCCCAUGCCUGCUUCAUCAUUCGGAGACUAUAGACAGUACCAAUGAGAAGCCCUUUGAAACUCAAGGCCUUUUCUUAUUCCAUGAACUCAUCUAAGACACUGAAGUUACAGUGUGGACCUCAUUCAUCAUCAUAGCAUGCCACCAACCACGAAAGACUGUGACAAAGGGAAUAUGAAGGGCAAACACUAUUGUUCCUGUCUUUGCGUUUGGCUUUAGUAUGCCUUUUGCUAUUUUCAGCUUUGUCACUGGCCUAUGGGUCACCAUAUUUAAGUAAAAACUUAGUUCUGUUUUCAUCCACAUGAUCCCUGUUUUUGUUUUCUGUGAUUUUUUUUUUUUUUUUUUUUUUUUUUUUUUUGCUGUCACAGCUGGAAAUGUUUGUUGAAGCAAUAGGUAUACUAUUUAUGUCAUGCUAGGUUGUUUGAUUUGGACCCCGAUCAAUUGGCUGUAUAAAGUUUGUUUGUGUGUGUGAAUGUGUUAAAACCAUUUUGUUUGUUUUUGUGUGUGUGUCUGAGAAUGUGUUAAAACCAUUUUGUUUGUGUGUGUGUGUGUGCGCAUGAGAGGUUUAUACAUGCCUGUGCACUGAUUGUUUGCCUUAAUGUAAACUUUCUCAUGGGCCUCAAAAUGAUCGUAUAUACAUACUGGAGAUUUUUAUUGACUGUUCCAUGCCAAACCUUCUCUUGCAGAAUAUAUUCCUUCACAAUUUACUUUUUGAAGUAGUUAUUUAUUGUAUAGAAGUAAAAACUUCCUUGUUUGAAGAUGUUAUGCUGUAUUGUACUUUGAGUAUUUCGCAAAUCACAAAGGAAGCCUCAGGAGAAAAAGGUUUAUGAAUGGACAGAAUUAAUAGUCUCUUCUGGUAGAUAUAUAAGCCAAAUUAGGCUGAGAAACAUCAUAAAUAAACCAUAGUUAUUACUGCCAUGGCA